GACUUAAUGGUGAGGUUUUUAUAGAGAGGAAGGUGAAUAAUUUCCAAUCGGUAGUGAGCAGCUGCAGAUUACACUUCACUUUUACCUGAAUUCUGAUUCAGUCAACCGGUUAAAGAUGGCGUGGCUGACUAGAUUUCUCACGGCGGUGGCGUUUUUGGCGAUCGGCGUAGUUUUCUCGCCAGAAACCUUCGGAUCUAAAUCGGACGGCCAGCACUCGCAAUUGCUCCACUCCUCGCUGAAAUUGGCGCACCUGCUCUGCUUCUCCACCGCAUGGGGCGCCGCUCUCUGGGUUACCUUCAUCGGCGGCAUCAUCAUGUUCAAGAAUCUGCCUAGGCAUCAGUUUGGCAACUUACAGAGUAAGAUGUUUCCAGCAUACUUUUCCAUGGUGGGAGUGUGCUGUGCAGUGGCAGUAGGGUCUUUUGGAUACUUGCACCCAUGGAAGACGUCGGGGUCGACUGAGAAAUACCAGCUCGGAUUCCUGCUUGCUGCCUUCGCUUUCAACCUGAGCAAUCUCGUUAUUUUUACGCCCAUGACCAUUGAGAUAAUGAAACAAAGGCACAAAAUUGAGAGAGAAGUAAAUAUUGGGGAAGAAGUUGGUUGGACGAAGAACCAAGAAGUUGCAAAGAAAAAUCCGAAGCUUGCUGCCAUGAACAAGAAAUUUGGUAUGAUCCAUGGAUUAUCUUCUCUUGCUAAUAUCUUCGCAUUUGGUAGUCUUGCCCUCCACUCGUGGUAUUUAGCUGGUAAACUCAAUCUGUAAAUAUGCUGCAUAUCCAUUUCAUUAGGGGAAAAAAUGCUUGGCUGUAUUUACAUGUAACAUCAAACAUUAUACCUCAUUUUCAGGACUGAACUUUGAAAAUAAUAUGUUUACAUUUUACAGUU